AUGUCGCUCCUUGUGGACCCCGACCAUCUCAUCCACUCCCUGCGGCUGGCAUACUUGAAGCGUAUAGAUGAUCAUUAUGGGCCGAAGAUCAUCACCUUCCCCUCGUUUGCCGCGGGAAAGCAAGACGCUUCGACGCCAAUAGCAACUCAAACAGACGCACCGCCAUCUCUGUCAGCCUCGUCAUCUUCAACUUCUUUCUUUGCGUCCUCAUCAACGGCUGCACGUAGAGAUGACGUUUUGAUUCGUGCUGUUCCAUCGCUCGCACACUUCAAACCUUUUGGCUCAGACACACACGUUGUAGUUGCCGGUUUGACCGAUUCUUCCAUUCAUCCGGAACUUGCCACCGUAUAUUCUCCUGUGCCUACCGCUGGGGAGUCUGGUUUAUUCGGAGGUCCUGGGCGCAAAGGCGGGAGAGGUAGCCAUAAUUCAGAUGCUGAUGCGCUGGACGGAAGAUUUGAUGCUGCCGACGUGAGCAACAGGUCCGGCGGCCUUGCGUACACUCAGACCAUCUAUGGUCCCGGUCGAAGCGGCGCUCUCGGUAUGAGAGUCAAUGGUCGCAGAGCGAGUAAGCGUGUCAGUAUCAGUGCCACACAUUCACCCGCGCCAGCAACAGUCGAGAAGAAUGCGGAAACAGAAUGUCAGGCACAGCAAUCGACAGACCAGUCAACGACCGAUACCUCGACUGGCUCGGCAGACAGACAAGCAGUAGGCGAGGCCCUCACUCACGAAUCCCCAGAGAUUUUGUCAUGUUCGCCUGGCCGGAAGAAGGAAGAGAAGUCUAUGGAGCCGUACACCGAUCCGACUAGCGACCCGAGCACCGGAAUCGUGAUGGGCAAGCGUGUCAACUUUGCUGUACCCGAUGAUCUUCCUGAUUUGGGGAGCGCUCGUUUGUCUUUGGAAGCUGAACGUUCGUCGGAUAGCCAGUCGAUCUCUCCUCGGCCUCAAGGUCCAUCUACGAUCCAACACGGCUCUAUAUACGCAGAGAGCUUAACUGAGUCCAACACGGCAUUGUCGAGUCUGGGUUCGGCUGGCUCUCUUCCCGAUGGCAGUCUAGGCUUGACCAUGAUCAAUUCUGCCAUCACUGGUGGGCCCCAUUCACCACACUCAUCAGCGAGCCAAAGUCGAGACAAUGUUCUCACGGCUCGCUCUUCUCCUGUCAUGUCUCGACCGGCCCUGCCGUCUCGCGCUGACAUGGCUGAGCUUCCUGUACCACCGAGAAUGGUCAUUUCCACGACUGACGACAGCGACGAGAACAGCGACAUGAAUAAAUCGGCCUACGACCAUAGCAGCAGAACGAAGCGACGCAACAGUCGUCGGAUAAGUCAGCUUCACCCAUCUCGUCUCACCAGUCAGUCUGACUACUUUUCAUCGAUUCGGGUCAGCCGAAGUCAGCUGGAAACACAGCAUGCGAAUCGACCCAAAGGAUCCAUGCUCAGCUCGAUGCUCGAAAAGCAAGAUUCAGGGCCCGAGAAUCCUUUUGCUGCGUUCUAUGCCGGCAUUGCUGGUCGUGCAGCCACUGUACCGAGCAUGACAGUCGAAAUCUACUUUCCGUGGGCUGAGAGCAGGCAGCCACCGCCUUCAUCACCGCUGGCCAGCGGGGCAAUCUCGGUGCAUCCCAAGACCAAGAGUAUGAAGCUCAAUAUCCGCAAGGAUGCCACAAUGGAAGAAGUGAUCGGGUAUGGCCUGUACUGCUACGUGGAGGAGAGGUGGAAGCCCGAGCUGGAUUCCGCAGCUUCGUCUCUCUCUAGCAGCGAACGCGAGGCGAAGACAACGACUAUCGGUUGGACAUUGAUGAUUGUCGAAGAUGGCGAAGUGGACGACGAUUUUCCUGCCAUCGAUCAAAGCCUCGUAUUGGGCAAAUUUGGAGGUGACGAAUUUGCCAUUUGCCAAGCUACGCCGAACCAGGUACGACAACAUCGAGAUGCGUAUACGAACAUCGCAAGGAGGACGGUUCGCGCACCUACUACGUCGAAGACGGGCAACAAGAUGGGAGGUGCGGGCGAAUCGGUCGCCGCUGGCACAGGCACGGUUGAUGCGUCGCAGAGCACACUUGUUGGUGGAGCCAAGAGCGGCGCGAAGGCUAUCUCAGCCAAUCCUUCUCUGGCGAAUCGGCUGGGCGUUGCUGGUGCUGGUGCUGGUGCUGGUGCCGGUGCCGGUGCCCAGGUGACCGCUGGCUCGCUCGUCAACAUUCAAGGCACGCCGAUCUUUGCUUCCGGUGCACUCUCACGUAGCGCACUGGGCUCGUCGUCGCAGUCAAUCUUCCUCCGAGUGCUGGUGACGCCGAAUCCUGAGGUACGAUACAAGACGACGCUUCAAGUGCCGUCUGACAUGUAUUUGGCAGAUGUGCUCGAGAUGAUCUGUAGGAAGCGGCACUUGUCGAACGUGGACGAUUGGGCGCUGAUUGUGCCAGACAAGAGCAUCGUCGUCCCGCUUGAUCGCACCGUGGAAUCUCUGCAAGGAAAUCACGAUCUUGCGCUCGUACGGCGCUCUAGUCUGGGAGCUUUGGGAGGAGCAGGAGCUCUCAGCAGCUCGUCGACGAACCCGAACGCCUCGAUCUUCAAACGUUACUCGGCAGAUCCCAACACGGCUUUAGGACAGCCCAAAUACACGAAAGCACUUGACAUUGCUGCUGCGUACAAGUCAUACACGGUGUACCGCAAAUCGCCCGUGUUUGGCGGACGACACAACGAGCGCAGCUUGACUCUGGAUGGAGACUGGUUGCACAUCAUGCCCACAGACAUGAAGACGUUUGGUAAAGCUGCCUCUUUCCACGUUUCCAGCGUGGUGGCGUGCAAGCUAUCGAGUAAGCUGGUGAAUGGGUUCAAGUUGGUUGUAUGGAGGGAGAGUCCUAGGGACACCAAGAGGUACGACUUUGAGGCUGACUCGGCAAGGAUCGCGGCCGAAAUCGUGCGCGAGAUCAACCUGCUGAGGAGCCAGAACUCAUGA